CUACCAUUUACCACCCGCUCGCGAAGCCACGUAAUUUUGAGACAUGCGUUACAUAGUUUUUAGAGUCGUUCAUACGAUGAAAUGGAACGGACGCUCGCGCGCGGCCGGCCGCGGCUUUGUACGUUUUGUUUGUAUUUGCUCGUUUAUCGCCCGAGCAUCGGCGGAAUACGGUGUGCCGAUUGAAAUUAAACUAUGGGACUCGCAGCGAUCCCCAUUGUCCCAUAUGGUCGACGUGACUAACGAGUUCGGGUUAAAAGUGCUGGCGGAACAUAACUUUUUAAAUGAGAAUAAUAUAGCGUUCUCCCCGUACGGGUUGAUGGGUAUUUUAGUGGCACUGUUCGAGGGUGUGGACGGGGAGUCCUCGUACCAGAUACAGAGGAGCAUGCAGCUGCCCUGGAACAGGAACGUCAUGAGGAUCGGGUUUCGAGAUAUUCAUAGAACGCUCAAAACAUAUUUUAUACCGGAAGAAGGAUUUCUAGCAGGGCUAGCGCUGAACAACGAUAACGUUACUUUUAACGAGGCUUAUGUUAAGAUUUUGAGAUUUUAUGGAUUCGAUUUAGAAGCAGAGCGCGCCCCUUCGAAACCAGACAAUAUAAGUACAACAUCGAUAAGUACUUCUGAAGCGACGACUCCUGUUAAUAAUAACGUUCCAUCCAAUGAUAACACCGUUAUCACGACUACUCCCAAUACCAGAGAAGAAACAACACUAAACCCAAACGCAGAAAAUAUCGAUAACCCAGGACCAAAACAAGAGACAACACCGAGCGUGAUGCCAACUCCACAAAAAGAGGAAACGACAAGUGUAAUGACAACACCGACAAGAGACGAAACUACAGCGAGCGUAAUGACUACUCCAGCAACAGAAGAAACAACUCCGAGCGUUACGACGACACCAUCAACGAGCGAAGCUAUCGAAUCCACAACAAUGACGUCACAACAAACGCAAAGCCCGACGCUUGCAGAGCCUCAAAUGAUGAUCGAAACAACAACUGCAUCCCUAACAACUAUUACUUCCACAACAGAAGCUCAAGCAACAACAAACGUGGCCGAUACAACAACAGCUCCAAAUACUGCUUCAGAUACGACCACGUCAAAUGUUGCUAGCACAAUGUCAGACAUGUCGAGUACAACCCCAGACACGGUGGCAACAGCAGACGGAAAUGUAGAAGAUGCACCCUCAUCAACGACUAUCGAAACGUUACAACGACGGAAAAAGUCAAUUUUAAAUUUCGUAUAUACAAGCCCACCCUAUGUGGAACAGUACGCGGCUUAUCGAGCUUUUAAUAUUGGACCCGAUCUUCCCGAAAUAGACCCUGACUACGACAAAAUGUUUUCAGUCAAUGGGUUAAGAAAUAUAGAGGUCACUUAUAUGAAUUAUGAUACCAUUUUGGAUCAUGCGUUCCUACCGCAUUUGGAAGCAUCGGCACUGCGGCUUCCCUUGGACAGCGAGAAAUACUACCUUCUAGUGGUGUUGCCAAUGCGAAGAGGUGUGGUCGAACUAGAAAGAUUGCUAUCAAGGAUGGCAAGGGAGUCAGAUUUGUCUGACAUCUACUCCGCGUUACGGCCCUGUAGGGUCAGGGCAGCUGUUCCGAGUUUUGUUGUGAAGGGCCAUGUCACUCUCACGACUGAUCUCCAAAAGCUGGGCAUGAGAAAUGUUUUUGAGCCGCGUCAGCAUGAUUUUACGCCGAUGACUCACCAAGCCGGCGUCUACGUGAGGAGCAUUGAACAAGCUGUCUCCGUAGCUAUUCGGAAGUAUCAGCAGACCGACACACCGAAAGGUUACAUCCCGAGUGCCAACUUCGUGUAUUUCUCUGCGACAUAUCCAUUUUUAUAUUUUGUUAUGGACUCGAACAUUCACGUAGCUCUGAUGGCUGGAAAAUUGGUGGAUCCACUCAACACUAGAAUAUUAUAACAUUUUU